AUGGCCUUAAGCAACGACGAACUCGCUUGUGUCUAUGCAGCCCUUAUCUUGGCUGAUGACAAUGUUGAUAUCAAAGGUGACAAAAUUUCAGCAAUCUUGAAAGCUGCAAAUUACGAAAUUGAACCAUACUGGCCUGGUCUCUUUGCUGGUGCUCUCGAAGGAUUGAAAGUCACAGAUCUUAUUAAGAAUGUUGGCUCAGCCCCAGCUGCUGGCGCCGCUGCUCCAGCUGCAACCACAGCCGCCGCUGGUGGUGCUGGCAAAGACGCACCAAAGAAAGAAGAGAAGAAAGAGGAAAAGAAAGAAGAAAAAGAAUCGGAUGAUGAAAUGGGUUUUGGCUUAUUCGAUUAG